AUGUUCGCUUUUGAUCGUCUGAAUGAAGCUUCAAAUAUUUUAAUACCACUACGUGCAAGUUCCACUGAUAUUCAUCCAAAUGCAAAAUGGUCACAGAAUGGUAUCACUGUUGCUGGAGGAAAUGGAUGGGGCAGUCAAACCAAUCAACUCUAUUACCCAUUGGGUUUGUACGUCGAUGAUGAUCGAACGAUUUAUGUCGCUGAUCAUUUGAAUCACCGUAUCGUGAAAUGGAAAUCUGGUGCAACGAAUGGAAAAGUAGUUGCUGGUGGGAAUGAAUAUGGAAAUGGAGCUCACCAAUUAAAUCGCCCAGUAGAUGUGAUUAUCGGCAAAGAGAGCGAUAGUCUCGUCAUCAGCGAUCGGGAUAAUAAAAGAGUAGUUCGAUGGCCUCGUCUAAAUGGUACUAGUGGAGAAACGAUUAUUUCGAAUAUUGCUUGCGUGGGUUUGACAAUGGACGACAAUGGUUCUCUCUAUGUCGUUGAUGAUGAAAAACAUGAAGUGAGACGAUAUCAAAUUGGUGACACUAAAGGAACAGUAGUUGCAGGUGGCAAUGGAGAAGGAAAUCGUAGCGAUCAACUCUCCGAACCCCGCUACGUAUUUGUCGAUCGAGAUCAUUCAGUAUAUGUGUCUGAUGGGGUAAAUCAUCGUGUAAUGAAAUGGGAAGAAGGUGCAAAACAAGGCAUUGUCGUAGCCGGUGGUCAAGGACAAGGAAAUAGUCUUGCACAAUUGAAUAAUCCUCAAGGAGUCGUUGUCGAUCAAUUGGGUACUGUCUAUGUGACUGAUGAUGGGAAUCAUCGAAUCAUGCGUUGGCCAAACGGAGCCACCCAAGGAAGUGUCAUUGUUGAUGGAAACGGUAAAGGAGCACAGUCAAAUCAACUCAAUUAUCCCAUAGGUUUAUCAUUUGAUCGACAUAGCAAUCUAUAUGUCGUCGAUUGGGGAAAUCAUCGAGUACAAAAAUUUAAUAUCGAACACCUGGUCAACCAUGAUACACUCGAACAAUACAAUAAACAAUUACAAGAUAAAACAACUAAUACGGGUGAGAAACGGGCACCACCAUCGGAUGAUGAUGAUACAAAUGUGAUGAAUAUGGAUAAGAGAACCAUCUAUGAUAAUAAUAAUCAACAACAAGGUCAAUUUAACAUCUCUGACCAAGCAUUAACAUACGCAGUUGAAAAUAAUCUUCCAUCAAUAAAAAUAGAAUGUUCUCCUCGACUUGAAGAUCGUGAACAAGCAAAAAAAUUUGUAAUAAAUUUUUUUAAAUGUAUUGCUGAUAUUUUUCGAAAAAAAUAUCCUGGCAAUCUACAACCGCUAGGAUUUCACCAUUGGUGGAUUAAUACGACUGGUAACAUAUUAUACGGGGUAGUUAAUGAUAUUGAUUUAUGUAUUUAUUUAUGUGAUAUAAAACAUUACCCAACAAAAAUCGACAAUGUUACAAUUAGACCUGAUCCACCUAAACGACUUCCACCACAAAACAAUAUUGUUAUUAAGUUUAUACCAAAUGAAUUAUGUAAAGAUGAUAUUAAAGAAGAAAUCAAGAACCUGUAUCCAUCAAUAUAUACAAUUGAUAAUAUGAUGGGCACAAUGGGAUCAAACAGUCGACAUAUUCGAGUCGAAUUUUGGCAGAAAGACGAUUAUUUCAAAAUUAUAAAUGACGGUAAAAUUGGUCUUCAAGGUCAAGUAUUCGAAGUUGAGGAAUAUCUACCACCACCAAAAAUCCUCAUAUGCUCUAAAUGCAAUACACCAGAUCAUGCAGAAAAAGUUUGUCUAGCACUAAAUGAUAUUUGUCGAAGAUGUGGUCAAAACAGAAACAAUGGGGAUAAACAUAAUGAAUGUUCUGUUUUAUGCCACCAUUGUGGUGGAAAUCAUAUGGUCACAGACUACAAGUGUCCAAUAAUAGUCAAAUUUCGUCAACAAUUUCUGAUUAGAUUAAAACAUGACCAAAGCAAAUUACCACCAAAUAUUAAAAUUUUUAUACCUGUCGAUUGUCGAGUAAAUGGUGAUCGGAAUAGAAUAUUAACAACUCAAAAUAGUACGGAAAGUCGGCACUCGAUUCCAUCAAGACCACCAGCAAUUAAUCCAUGGACAACAAAUCAAAAUAUGUACAAAGAAACACCUUAUAACAAUCAAAUUGAUCAAACAAUAAAAACACUUGUUAAUGAAUUAGCAGAAACGAAGAAAAACUUUGAAACUGAACGAGAAAAAAUAAAAAACUGCUAUGAAAAACAAAUUCAAUGUAUUCAACAAGGAUGGGUAAUGUUACAACAACAAGUACAAACACAAAACCAAUGCAUUACACUCAUGUCAGCAAUGAUCAAAGACAAUAUAUCAACAAUGAAUCAAUUAUUUUCAACAAUAACAACAAUAAAUGAAACAAUGAAAUCAAAAUGUUCCGAUGAACUAGAUCGAAAUAAAAUUGAAAUGUCACAAAUGAUAAUCAAUUCAAUAUUAAAUCAUUUUAAAAAUUUAAACGAUUCGUAUACAAAACAAGAAUAUAAUUUAACACUUAUUAUGAACAAACAAUCGACAAUUUUUGAAACGGCAUUAAAUUCUAUUUUAUCGUCAAUACAUGAAUAA